AAAGAAAAGAAAAAAUAGAUUUGGGUCACUCACGGCAUUUCAGCGGCAGCCAACCUUAAGCUCAUCUGCCAAACCCAAACCAAUCAAAUUGAAAACGCCAUCACUUCCUCACUUCUCCUCCGCUGCCGGGCGUCCACCUGCGUCUCCGGUGAGCCACCUACGACCUGGAGCUCGGGCUCAGAUUCGAAUUCUGAUACCGAAAAUCUGAAAGCGCGGCGGAGUCACCGUCAUGAGGCUUGUGGUGCCUCUGCAAGGCGUUGUCCAAGGCCGUGGAGGUCUCUUGUUGGGCUCUCUCAUUCCCUGUGCUCUCUUCUACUUCCUCCAACUUUAUCUCAAGCGAAAUCGUUCUCCCAACUCUGACUCCUCCUCGAAUUCUCCGUCCCAUUCUCACUCUUCCUCUAACCUCGUCGACCUCAACCGUUCGUCCUCUCGCUCUAAUCUACUCACGCGCGGAUCCGUUGGUCGAGUUCGCCUUUCUUCUCGAGCCAGUUCCAUUGCGAAGCCCAAUAACUGCCCCUACUAUAUUGGAUUGGAUCGCGUUCGGGAGGAUCCUUACGAUAGGUUGGAUAAUCCGAAUGGGAUUAUUCAGCUUGGGUUGUCCGAGAAUAGGUUGUGCUUUGAUUUGCUUGAGAAAUGGAUAUCGGAGAAUUAUACUGGUUCCGUUGGUGGAGGCAAUAACGUCGAGUUGAAUAUUAUGGGGAUGGCCACUUACCAGCCUUUCGAUGGAUUGUGGGAGCUGAAAAUGGCUAUGGCAGGUUUCAUGUCUCAGGUAAUGGGUGGUGGAGUGGCUUUUGAUCCAUCACAAUUAUUGUUAACAUCUGGUGCCACUGCCGCGGUCGAGGUACUCUGUUUCUGCUUAGCAGACCCUGGAAAUGCAUUUCUUAUUCCAACUCCUUAUUAUCCUGGUUUUGAUAGAGAUGUGAAGUGGAGAACUGGAGUUGAUUUAAUACCAGUUCACUGUCGUAGUGCUGACAACUUUAACUUGAACAUCACUGUACUAGAGCAAGCAUACAAUCAAGCUAGGAAACGAGGAAUAAAAGUUCGGGGAGUUCUCUUAUCUAACCCUGCAAAUCCAGUUGGCAACAUGUUGCCCCGAGAAAUGCUAUACAGUAUUUUAGAUUUUGCCCAAGAGAAGAAUAUCCAUGUUGUAUCCGAUGAGAUAUUUGCAGGGUCAGUUUAUGGAAACGACGAGUUUGUGAGCAUGGCUGAAAUGAUUGAUUCAGAAGAUAUUGACAAGAAUAGAGUUCAUAUAGUGUAUGGACUGUCGAAAGACCUCUCUCUUCCUGGCUUUAGAGUUGGUGUCAUCUAUUCACAAAAUGAAAAUGUUUUGGCUGCUGCUAGAAAAAUGACAAGAUUUUGCCCGAUUUCCGCUCCAACCCAGCAGCUUGUUACCUUGAUGCUUUCGGACAGAACCUUCGUUAAUGAAUACCUGGAGACGAGCAAAAAGAGAAUUCGCGAGAUGCAUGUUCUUUUCGUUGCUGGUUUGAAACAGUUGGGAAUUAAGUGUGCAAAGAGCAGUGCUGGUUUUUACUGCUGGGCUGAUAUGAGUGGACUGAUGAAUUCUUAUAGUGAGAAAGGGGAGCUAGAAUUAUGGGAGAAGCUGCUGAAUGUAGCUAAAAUUAACGCGACUCCUGGAUCUGCUUGUCAUUGCAUAGAACCUGGAUGGUUUAGAUGUUGUUUCACUACACUUUCACGAGAGGAUUUAUUGAUCGUUAUAGAACGGAUUAGAAAAAUGGCUGUUACGUGCAAAUCUCCCAGUUGAGUUCUUGUUUGGCUUUAGCUGUUGAAAUAGAAAAUCGACCCUAGAAUUUCAGAUGACAAAAACCUUUCUUUUGGGAGCAGAUGUUAAUUUCUUUCAGGCUCAAGACUGACAUCAUUGUUCUGUGUUCAUAUUGGGCGUCUUUUAUGAUCAUCAUUCUCUCUUACCCUGGAAAGGUUUGAUGAAAUGAUGUUGAGUUCCAAGAAGUUGGGAAGUUGAGACAUGUCUGUCCUCCAUCUUUAAUUCUUGCAACAGGAAAAUGUCAGUGAUCUUACCAGCAUUUUUUUCUUGCUUUUAUGAUCAGAUCAAUUAGCCCAUUUCAUAGCUUCCUAUAAAGAAAACCAGAAGCUGGGUUGAAAUUUUGAAGAACCAAAACUGCCUUCUUCCCGUUGGUUUAAUCAAACAUGGGAUAGAACAUCCUGGUUUGGCUCUCUGAUCACAACCAUUUGGCUUCAGAAAUUGUUGGAGUUCAUCUACUUUGUUGCAGUUUGUAAUUGGCCGUGAUGUAUUCUUUUUUUAAAAGUAGGAAUUUGGGUUAGGAGAAUUCAUAUUAGUUUUGUAAUUAUUUCCAAUUCUUAACUUUUUUUUUUCCCUUUUAAUAAAUAUUUAAUUGGCCAUUUUAUUUCCA